AUAUCUCUUCUGUUGUUUCAAUUGAUUACUUGAAUAUAUAUGUAUUUUAAUGCAUUUAAGUAGUUCACAUGUAUAUAAUUGUAUUGAAUUGAAGUAAUGAUUGGUAUCAUUAUAACUCUAUUCCUUCUAAUACAAUCAUGUAAUUCUGGUUCAUCAUCAUCAUCAUCAUCUAAGUGUAAAAAAGAGCAGGGAUCCUUUGCGAAAUUCUGGUCAAUAGUGGAAAUGAUUAUUGGAUUCAUUUGUUCACUAAAUGGAAUAUGGAACACAAUUGAACAUUGGUUAGAAGCAUAUAGGAACGCUAUAAAUGGUACUCCAGCGAAGAGAUAAGACUCAACUAUUCAAACUGAAUUAUGUAAUCAGUUAUAUUUUCAAAUAUAUCAAACAAUGUUUCAAGUUA